AGACGGUAGCUUUGCCACUGUACGGGGGCACGUCCCAUGGAUAGGCUGUCUUGUCUUCCCGUUCUUGGCACCGGCUCAUCCCAUGAUGAUCGGGAUCGGGAUGGUGCAAGUGUCGUAUUGUUGGGAGGAAAAGAAACCGUCUCUACGACAUCCUCUCAUCGCCGCGGCCUAGUUGAACCGAAGGCCUUGUCGGUGCCCACGAAUUACUAUGGCGAAGAAAUACCGAAGUCAGAUGUUCUUGUUGGAGGUGUGACAAGCGCUGUCCAAGAUUAUAGGAGUCCGCCGGACUUGGAUUACUUGCAGGAGCUUCUUGCUAUCCAGCAGUCAGGACCGAAAACAAUUGGUUUCUUUGGCACGCGCAACAUGGGUUAUAUGCAUCAACAGUUAAUCGAAAUUCUCAGUUAUGCCAUGGUGAUUACGGUGGUAAACGUGAGAGAAAUGCCGCAUAACGAUCCGCUGCCGCUUAUCGAGGCCAGAGACCGCAACAUCGAUGAUGGAGCUGACGUGUAUGCGUGCGUCAUCGUAAAGUCGCGCCGGCAAAGCAAAGAAUAAAUAAAAGUGGUGGGCCAGUAGCAGGUGGAAGUAAUUUAAAGUUUUGAAAUUUUAAAUGACAUUGUUGUUGUUGUUGUUGUUGGCAAUAAGUCUUUCAUGAGGAGAUAGCAAGAUGCUAAAAAUAGUAAAUACUAAACUUUCAG